UGUCAGCUUGUCUUGUGCUUGUGUUGUGUUUCGUAAAAAAAUACUCAACUCAAAGAAUUGUUGUUGAUUUCAAAUUAAAUUAUCACUAGAAUUUUACCAACAGUGAAGAUUAAUUUAUAAAUUAUAAAUAAGAAUUGUGUGGUAUAUGAGGUAUAGUGUCUCUAUACUAUGAUACAAGGAAAACUAUGGUAAAGCUAAAGCUAAGCCAUGGAAUCACAUUCCAAUUUUCCUAAAGAACUCACCUGCAGUCAAUGAGUGAAAGCUCUCGAUAUGGAUGAGACUGGGAAGCUAUAGAACGCAUCUCUGUGUUCUGAGGAUAUCCAUCUUGAGAACUUCAUGUAAAGAUGAAGAGAAAUAAAAGUGGUGCUGUGCCCAGGACUUCCAAGAUGUAUGAGGACAACUUCGAUGCUCCAGCCGCAACAAAGGUUUGCAGAAUCUGCCUCGCAAUGGACACGAAGAUGUAUAAUAUAAAUGAAUCAAAACUGGACAUUAUGUUUCAAGAGAUCACCGGAUUGGUUGGCUGGUCAGAAAGACUGCCGCAGCGAGUAUGCUGGGAGUGCGCGGCCAGACUGUCGUCCGCGUACCACUUCAGGGAGAAGGCGCUACGAAGCGAUAAAUUACUGCAGGAAUUAAUACAGCCAUAUUCUUAUAUAAAAAUACGGGAUAUAAAGUUAAUUAAUCGGACCAGGUACAAACUGACAUCGAAUUUAAUACACCAAGUAAAUGAAGCAGAUGAUUUCAAUCUACACAUUCAAGAUCGGGACAUGAUAGAAAUUGAAAGAUUAAGCGUACCAGAAAUCAUUGAAUUCUUACCCCCAGACGCUGUUGAAAUUAUGGACGUUUUACCUAUAAAAACAAGGAAAAAUAGUAGCAUUUUACAUGCAAAAUCUAAAAGAAAUAUCAACAGAUUUAUAUCCGCAGAUUCUAAGAAAAAUAUCGACAUAUUACCCGCAAAAUCUACAAAUAAUAUCGGUAUUCUACCCGCAAAAUCUACAAAAUGUAUUCAUAGUUUACCCGCAAAAUAUUCAAAUAAUAUCGUCAUUCUACCCGCAAAAUCUUCAAAUAAUAUCGGCAUUGUACCCGCAAAAUCUGAAAAAUGUAUCGAUAUUUUACCCGCCAAAUAUUUAAAUAAUAUCGACAUUCUACCCGCAAAAUCUACAAACAGUAUCGAUAUAUUACCCGCAAAAUCUACAAAUAAUAUCGGCAUUCUACCCGCAAUAUCUACAAAAUAUUUCGAUAUUAUGCCCGCAAAUUCCUCUAAAUAUAUCGAAAUUAUACCAGCAAAAUCCAGAAAGAAUGUAGACUUGUUAUCCGCAGAAUAUAAGAAAAAUAUAGACGUAUUACCCACAAAAUCUACAAAUAAUGUCUGCAUUGUACCAACAAUACCUACAAAUAAUAUCGACAAUUUACCCGCAACACCUACAAAUAAUAUUGGCAUUAUACCCGCAAAAUGUACAAAAAAUAUCGAAAUUUUACCCACAGACUCUAAAAAAAUUGCUGAUUUACCUACAGUUACAAAUGUAGUUGAAAUUAAUGAUGAGAGCUCGAAUAAUUGUUCCUUCGACGAAUAUGAACAAUAUGAACAAUUAGACGAUGAAGAUGAUGAAGAUUUCGGUGAUGUAUCUAUAGAAAAAACAAUAGAGGACAUACCAGAGGAAGAGAAAGAGAUAUACGCAGUGAAACAAAUUAGUACGAAGGAUGUUCAAACUAAUAUUCCUCCUAUUACAAGGGAACAACACAAAAUCGAGAAAGAUAAAAGAACGAGUACUUAUGGAUUUGACGAGUCCCUGUUUACGAUAACACCGCUAACAUACGACGAACAAAUUGCUGAGGUCACUAAGAGGCAGCAGAGCUCCAACUACAUUAACUCCACCUUUAAGUGUGGACUUUGUUAUCGAGGGUUUAUGUCUGAAACAACGUACACCACGCAUGCUCUGAGACAUAGUGAGCAAAGCGGUCCAUUCGAGUGUUCUAUAUGUAAGAGAAGGUUGAAAACUAAGAAGGCGUUGCAGAAACAUCUGGCGCUACAUACUCUACAGUACAGUUGUAAUAGCUGUUCGUUUGUCGCUAAAAGUAGGCACGUAGCGAGAGAGCAUCAGAAAUUGCAUGCAGGUCACAAAUACCAGUGCCCACAUUGUCCCAGGCAAUUCGCAAAAUCAUCAUCAUAUUUAAGCCACUUACGACUUAAGCAUGUAUCUGAUAUUGCGUGCGAGAUAUGCGGGUACAUGUUUGUUAGCAAAUCUGGCUUAGAAAUGCACAAAAGGCUAAAACAUUCUCCGAUUGCAAAAGGUGUGACAUUAGACGGGCCUUACUGUCAAAUAUGUGACGUGAAGUUUGCGUCGGAAGAAGCUCAUGACAGACAUCUGAAGUUAUCUGCGAGACAUAGCAACGAACAUGGGUCUAAACCUCCUCGAAAUCAAAUGAUGUAUCACCGUCUCGACCAAACCCGACGCCAGCGCACUCGAAGACUUAAUGACUCCAAUCCGAUUAACUGUGAACAGUGUGGCGAACUACAACGGAGUAUGAUAUCAUACGCGUACCACUUCAGAAGAAUGCAUCCGGAGAAGGUCCGAACCAAGUACCCUACGAUGAAGACCCCUUGUAUGUGUGAGCAGUGCGGGCAAAUAUUCGCGAAUAAUAUAUGUCUAGAAUACCACAAGUGGGUUCACACCGGGGUCAAGAAGUUCCAGUGUGAUCUGUGUAAAAAGAAGUUUACACAGAAACCGAGUUUGCUGUAUCAUAUGAAGACCCACACUGGUGUGACAUAUGAGUGUUCCGUGUGUGGCAAACGGUUCACAAACCCGAACAAUCGGAAUAGACACGUCAAGUCUGUACACAUCGGUGCAAGGCCUUAUAAGUGUCAUAUUUGUAAUAAGUCCUUCAGCACGUCCGGAGGAUUGAAGGGUCAUGUUGAACAUGUGCAUCGCAAUGUACCGUGGCCUAAACGGUUUAGGCCAAGCAGAGUUACAAAGAAGAAAUGUGAAGAACCGAGCAUCGAAGAUUGAUUAACCCGGAACUGUGGGACUUAGCGGGCUACCGCGCUCUAUGUAAGAGUCUUACUCUUAUCAUCAUCAGCUGCAACUCCUGUGCACCAGGAUCUACAGUAGAUACAACCAUGAAAACACCGGAACACUGAAGUCCGACGCG